UUGAUUUCACACGAGACAAGAGAGGACCAUUCCAUUCCAAGACGUGAGAAGCCUAUCUUCGGAUCUACAUUAUCCGCUCGAAAAGUACGAGAAUCCCUCUAUGCCAUCCGCACUUGCUUUGAUCUAACCAAGCGAAACCCCGUGAAGUUCAGUCACAAUGUCCGAGCGCCAAACUGGAAUCGUCAAAUGGUUCAAUGAUGAAAAAGGAUACGGCUUCAUUACCCCGGAUAACGGGCCAGAUCUAUUCGUCCAUUUCCGGGCAAUUGAAGGGAGUGGAUUCCGGGCUCUCAAGGAGGGUCAAAAGGUCACUUUUGAAGUAGUGCAGGGGCAGAAGGGUUCCCAGGCGGAAAAGGUUCGGGUAGAGGAGUGAUCUUUUGCGGUAGCUUAUGUGUUGUUCUACCAGCAAAGCAAAUGACUGUAAUGGGGUUAUCAGGAACGAAUAGGCUUGGGUUUCAUCAGACCAAGCGUUUCGCUCCCAGAUAUUAUAUGGUUUCAAGCAUCUUUCUGUACAGAUCUGGGACAAUUCAUUGCCAUUACCAUACACCAUACGGAAUAUUCAGUUGUG